AAUAUAGGGGGUGUAUAUAUAUAUACCCCCCUAUAUAUAUAUACUCCCCCUAUAUUUGUUACUAAUAUAAUAUAUUUUUCAUAUAAAAUUAAUAAAUUGAUUUUAUCAGACGACUAGGUAAAAAAAUGUAUGUUUGAUAAACAUGAUGGUAUAAAUAGAAAAUAUAUGUUUAAUAUUUCUAAGAAAUAGCAUAUUGUGUAACAUGGGAUGAAACAAGAGGAUUUCAGACUAGGGUGAAGUUGGCUGCAUUGGAACUUGAAAUUUUAGUGUCAGUAGCUGCUCAGAAACAAGUUAAUUUUAGACCAAUGAUGUAAUCAACUAAUAUAUUAAGCGUACAUUGUGAUUUGAAACUUAAAUUUAAGCAGGAAUAAUAAAUAUUAUUAAUCAGUUACACUCAUCUUUAUAAAACUUAUUUACAAAGUCAUAACUAUCAGACAUACAAAUAACAUUAGUGUUCUGAAAUUACUAAUAAACAAAUGACAAGCAUACGAUCUAAAUUCAUGAAAAAGCUUAUGCAAUAUAUAUUAUUAUAUAUUUUUGAAAAUAGUACUAUCUAUGUAUUACAUUUUUUAUUUACAAUUUUAAAAGCUAUAAAAUUUGAAUUUUAUUCGUAUUUAAGUUUUAAUCAGCGCCUCUAUUAGAAAUAAUUAAACCAUCAGAUAAAUUCGGGUGGCUAUAACUAUUUACAAUAUUAUUAACCUCUUGACCUUAUUCGCUGAUAUAAAUUUCGGUACCAGGUACUGUUAGUUGACUUAUUAUUAUUUACGAGUUUUCGGUCUUGUUGAAAAUUUCUUUUUGAAGUGCAUUGCUAGUAGGCUCUCUCGAUUUUGUUUGAUAUCUCCAUAGAAUCUGUGUUUGAUACGACUAGGGACGAUUGCCUAGUAGAAAAUUUCGUUUUAGCAGGGUAUUUGGAUUUCCGACCCAAUGAAAAUUUAUGAUUGAUGACAUAUAGGCAUUUCCAUUAUUAGAACUGAUUAUCUGGCGAGAUUAAAUUCUAUCAGGAUCAUAUUGAACUGAGUAGAAUAGUUUCAGGACUAGGCUUCAUGAAAUAACACGCAGGGUUAAAUUGCGCAGUAUGAUUUAUAUUUAUUACAAAAUACCUAUAUUUAUUAACACGAACAAUGUUAUCAUUUAUGCCUAUAAAUGUAUAUUCUGCGGUGGUCUGUUUUCCCUCAUUAGUGUUAAAGUAAUGGAAAUCCCAGUUUAUCAAGCAUUUAAUGAAAAACAAACCUUAUUGCAAGUAUAUAUGGUCUAUAUUUCAAUUAACAAUAAAUUUAAUUAAAACUUUUCCUGCAGUUAGAUAAACUAUCCAAAGUUAAAAUAACGUUAAUUGUAUUUUAACCCGAUGAGUUAUUAUUUACAAGUAAAGUUCAAUCGGUCGCGAGACCUCAACUAGUAAUGGUGACUUCAAAGGUAAGUACAAAAUAUGUUUUUAAUAAAUUUCAAUAUUAACCGAGAUAUGAGUGGAAUCUCACCGUUUAUAUAUUUAGUUAUCUAGUGUUUAAAAUAUUUUAAAUUUUUCCAGGUUUAUUGAGAAGCUAGAAACUAAAAAUGGGGUCAUAUGAGCAAGAAGGACCUGAUUGGAUUAGAUUGGACGAUCCAUUCUUUUUGACCGUGCAAUGGGAAUUUGUCAGCACAAUAGACUGGCUCAUAACAGUAUUGCCAGUACGAGAACCGAAAGACUCAGCAGGAAAAACACUUUCUAUUCUCGAGUAUUUUCUAUCCAUGGACGAGGAGAAGUUCCGGGUCUUGCUAAAACACUGUCCACCAUGGACGAAGCAGCACCUGAUGGAAGCCCGGAGUCGGCGUUUGCAGAGGCGGUAUAGCAGAAUAAUUAACUCGAUCGUACAGGAAUCUGACUUGGAAUUGGAAUAGAUU